GAAUUAUUGUUGCGUAGCCGCUAGGUUGUCAGAAGUCAUUUUUUUGAUAAUUAUUUCAAACUGGAAGGAUUUUCCAAGGACGACGACGGCAAGCAAACCCCUACCCGCAGGUGCAAUUCCGCUUUCAGAUGUAUAUAAACAAUGUGUUUGACAUCGAAAGUUCAUAAUAGCACCAGUGCCCAUAUCAGAAAAACAGAGGUUUCCGGCACUUUGAAACAUGACUGUUCUCUAGCUGAAUUAACCCAGGGUUGCGAGAACGUGAAUAAACACAAACGUAUACUUCUACUCAAAGCAUCUCCGUGCGUCUAUUAUCAGACUUCAAGAGUUGAGAAGAGAAACAACGAAAAUAGCGUACUGUUACUGGUUGCCUCUUAUACCACAAGAGGGUCGGGUAAUUUGUACUUAAUUUUGUAAAACAGUUUGCAUUGGAUAUUUUUCUUAUCCCUUGCCGCUUUUAUUACAGCUACCAGUAGGGUUAAAACGUAAUGCAUCAGCGCCGGGAACGCUAUGAUUAUAUCGCCUGGAACUCUUAGGCAAGGAAGUCGCAUAUAACGUCGUCAGUUCUGGCAUAAAUAUAGAACCGAAGAAGAAAACAACUUGUUCUGCUUCAAUCGUUACAGAUUGUUGACAAAACGGAAACAAUAAUUGAGAAGAAUAUUGGGGGAAGAUUGUUUGGUCUGUGAGAAGAGACGACUGAUUAUUCCAGUUUUCUCGCAUGGUUAUCCUAUCCUGUUUGAGAGAAGCACUAGAAACCACAUCACAAAAAGAAGAUAACCUCAACAAAUAUAACAGUCGCGCAAGACAUUGGUAUUUCAAGUAAAAGUACUUGAACGCCUCAAAGCCGAUUGACGAAGGGUAUAAUCUACACCAGGCUUUGCGAAAGUAGAAUGGCGUUCAAUAUUUCCAACAUUACAGACGAGAUAAAUUCGACCGUUUUUUCUAACAAUACAUCUUCGCCGACCGGUGGCCCUUUGUCGAGAGAACUCAUCAAGCUUAUCGCCACCAUAUUCUUCAGCAUCAUUAGCGCGCUAGGAGUGACGGGAAAUCUCUUAGUCGUCAUCAUUCUGAUUGGCUGGCGGGACAUGCGCACGCCUUGUAACUACCUGAUCGCCAACAUCAGCGCCGCUGACCUCAUAGUCACUCUGAUCCUGUCGCCGCUUAGAGUCGUGGAGCAGUACACUCGAGGCUGGAUCUUCGGGGAGGUGCUGUGUUACGUGUUCGCGCCUCUGCAAGACGCCCUAGUCUCCGUGUCCGUGUACACUUUUGUGGUUAUUGCGUUAGAGAGGUACCGCGCGAUCAUCAACCCGUUCAAGCCCAAGCUCAGCAAGUCCAAAGUUCUCAUCAUCAUAGGUUUGAUCUGGGUGGGUUGUUACGCCGGGACUGGUCUUCCUCUUGCCUUCUUCGUCACCUACACCCGUAGAAUGAAGACCUAUGUUUGCUACGCCGCCAUUCCUAGAGAUCACUUUUACCUUUUCGCGUUGUAUCUUGUGAUCAUGUUCAUCGCGCUGCCACUGAUUCUCCAAGUCGUGUGUUACGCAUGCGUCAUCCACACGCUUGACAAGAAAGACUUCAUCGAUCGCCAUGGCAACGAGGCCCUGGCUCAGCGUAGGGUGGCAAGGCAAAGACGGGACAAAAAGCGACGGUUGGUCAAGACCUUGGUCGUGCUGAUGGCCGUGUUUCACGUCUGUUAUGUCCCUCGUGGGGUUAUCCUACUCAUAACAGAAUUCGCGCCAUUUCUUACGAGAUCUGUUGCUUUCGCCUUCGCCGACAUUUCCACCAUGUUACUCUAUUACGUCAAACAUAUCAUGAAUCCCAUAAUCCUGUGCGGGAUGAGCUCGGACUUCCGCGAGUGUUUUUUCGCCUUGUGCUGUUGUCGCCGUAGAAACGGAAAUACGAACAUUGGAUCGGACUCUGGAAUCAAGACUUCACGUGAUAGAUUUAGCUCUGACGAUACUCGUUUUUAGUCAGUGCCUAGGGGAGGUGGGAGUAAAAAUGUUUUCAAUAUAAAAAAACUCAAGUUGCCAAGCGUCUUCAGGGCAGGGAUGUUCCGCUGUUCCGCGAAUUUGUGAGAGAACAAAUGCUGGCUCCGCUAUAAGGCAGUGCCUGUUUAUUUGUAUUUACGGCCUCACGCUCUGUUUGUCAGAACAUUGAACCAGAUCGUCGCAAUCGAUCAAACCAGUUUUAGUCUACCACUUUAAGCUUAUUCUGGGCUAGCAUGUAAAGAAGGUAGCUAGGCAGCUUGCAAAGGGGUAAGAGAUUUUUAAUUUUUUUGUGCGUGUUGAAUGGCAGCAAAAGAAGUCUUGACGCUUAGUAGCUUGAUAAAAAAGGAUUUGAAGGAGGCAUGCUUUUCUCCUGCAUGGCCGUCUACAUACUCAUCAAAAGAUUACAAAUUCCUGGACGAAUAAAAAUACCGAGUUUUCGA